AUGCAAUUAACGGGCGUGCCCGCCGGUGUAUAUCCAGCAACAUAUGCUGCUGGGCAACCCUCCAUUUACCCAUCGUAUUCACCUAUGCACCAUGCUCUUCCUCAUACAACUGGCUAUUUUCAACUAAGCGGUACCCUUCCUGCCGGUAGCUUAUUGCCACGUCAAGUGAUGGUCGGACCGCCGAAUGUAGCAGGCGGGACUGCAGUUCCAGCGGCUCCAGUGAAUAUAAUGCAGGCUGCAGGGCUGAAUAAGCCAGGAUCGGGAGGACAACAGCAGACUUUAUUACGAGCUUCUGGAAUCGGUCUACCUGUCACAAGCCUUUCACCAAACAGUUGUUUAGCCGGAGCAAAUUCAGUGAGUUCGUCCAAUUCACCAGUCAUGAUGAUGACAACUAUGAUGAUGGCACCCUCUGGAACAACUACAGGGACAGGUUCCGGUGCUGCGGCCGUUGCCGCAUUCCAACAAGUUGCUAACUUACAACAACAACAACAGUUACAUCCGCCUAUCUUCGGGGGACAGAUCGCCGACCAGCUGACGCCUGGUACUUAUCCAUUAGUGCCGUCUGCUGCCUAUUCGGUACAAUCGCAGAGGCCAGUUGGUCCCCGUGCCUACGCUACAGCCGAAGGACACAUAAACAUGACAACAGAAUGUUUUUCCACCUAA